GAUUUUACAUUUUGUGAAGAGCGAAGACAAUUUUCUUUAAUUUGUUUGAUUUCAAUUUUUUACUCAUAUAUUCCUUUAAAGAUUAGUAAAUUGCGCUUUUAAAUCGCUUCAUUUGGAUUUAGUUAAUAUUUAACUUAUUUACAUAACACAUGCAUUAAGAUAUUUUUCGAGAAAGCAGUUCACGCAACAAGUGAAUAGUGGGAACCCUGAUGAAUUACUUGAGUGAAAUUUAAUGAUAACGACGCACUCUCGGUUUUUUUUUAUUCGACGGACACGCACAUGAGUUCAAAGAUAUCGACAGCUGUGAUGGUCAACAGUUCACACGUUUAGGUUUGCUUUCAUCAGCUUUCAAGCUGUAGUACAACUGUAACUAUGGAGGUAUUGGGAUUCAUCCAGGAGAUGCUACACAGCGUAGCGGAGUAUGCAGCCAGCUACCGUCUCGGACAGAGUAUGCUGCGCCAGGCGGACAGAUUGCUGUGGACGAUAGAGAAGAGCGCGCGAUGGGCUGUGCCACCACCAUUGGACCAAGAUGAACGUCCGCAGCCAGAAUUAAUUCGUCCCCUACCCUGGGUGUUCUUCUUGAUGCUGCUUGUUGUACUCCGAGUGACCAGAGAGUCGAUAUCCCUCAUCAACUUGGUGUUGGGCAAACCGCCGUUGAGAUCAGCUGAUGUGGUGACAUAUAUCCAAGGCAAGCGGCGAUACUUGCGCACCCUGAAGUACCAGGGCAGCAGAGCGCUGCGCGCGCGCGGCCCCGCGCAGCCCACCUCGUGGUGCAGCAGCGUGCAGUCGCUGUUCGAGUUCACGAUGUGCUUCCGCCGCCGACACAACUACGAUAACAAUAAUACCACGCGUGUCAGCAAUAAUGAUGAAGUCCUGGUAGUGAAGCGCAACAAGCACGGUAGACAGGAGGCGAGCCCGGUGGCAACCACUAGUGACACAAUGGAGAGACUCAUUGAGAAAAUGAUGGUAGAAUUGCAAGCUGACUCCGAGGAUGAUUCCAGUUAUACGUUAACUAACCCAAUGAGCGCAAAAAGCGAUCAAUCCGCUGACGAUGCGGAUUCCGAACAAGAAGUUGUGCAAAAUGACGUCUCCGGUGAGAUCAAAUAUCAAAAUGACAGCUGUCAAAUUCAUUCGUCAGAUGAGAAUAAUAUAGACAACAACCAUAGAGAUAAUGCGAUAAAUGAGGAUAGGUGUGAAGAAAUGUCAGCAAAGGAUGAAAGUUUUCGAUUAAUUCAGAGCGAAAAAAGCUUCCAGCACAAUAAUAAAGCAGGACAAGUAUUGCAUAAGCCUGGUAUGGCUAAUGGUAAGAAAGUGUGCUCCACACCGAGCACAGAUAAAGAUUGCUCAGUAAAAUCACCGAAUAAGAGCCCUGGAAAAUCUUGAAGUGAGAUCUAUUUACAUAUUACUAUGUAAGAAUAUUUUUUACUAAACAUAAUUGGGAUUUGGCAGCAAUUAAUGUAGUAAUAUAAGAAAUAGACAACAAUACCGAACUAAAUUAACAAUUUAAACGACUGCAAAUUGAAUUUCACUGAUCAAAAGUAAUCAAUUUGUUUAUUUUAGAGAUCACAAGGAAACUGAAAUAUAUUUGAUCAGAGAUUCCAAAAAAUGUUCAACCUACUAAAACUUAAUAAAAAAUAUCAAGUCUAAGUAGGUUUUACACAUAUUCUGAUAGAAUUAAGCGAUUGCAGCAACUACACAGACCCACAUAUCCUUCUUUGACUAUAAUUUAUAAUGUGACUAGUACAUUGAUUUGUAUAAAUGGAUAGGUUGAAAGAGACGAUCUUGUACGGGAAGGUACGCGCGAGUAAAAUAAAUAAGAAAUAAACCAAAAACAACUUUUAAUAAAAUUUACAAAUUAAGAAAAAAAUAUAUACAUUUCAGCCUAGCGUUGUGACAUCUGCUCCAACGCUGCUUCAAUUAUUUACAAAAGAAUUAAUAAAAAAUAAACAUUCUUAUUUUAAAAAAAGGAUUAAAAAUAAAAAACAAAAAGGAAUAUUGCAUCGCCAACAUGCCCGCCCCCUGAUGUCACAAGACAGAAAAAUAAGGAAAAAAAACAACAUUGUAUGUACAUGGGCAGGAUGGGCAUGCACUAAAAAUAAAGCAUGUUUAAGACAAUCAAAGUUAUAACUUAACUAGGUUACACAAACGAAAAUUAAAUUAUAACUAACUUACGCACUUACACAAACGAAAAUUAAAUUAUUACUAACUUACGCACUGGGCGCUUUAAGACCCCAGUACUGGUGGCGACUUCGACAGCCCGAACUACACCAUCCUUCCCGGGGAAGGUUUUCGAAAUGCGGCCUUUAAGCCAAACUCCCCGAGGAAGGUUACCAUCUACCACCAGAACCAGGUCCCCUUCUUUAAGUGGUCGCGGUGUGCCGGUCCUAGGCCGAGGUGCUAGGGUUGGUAGAUAUUCCUUGACCCACCUUGACCAAAAGUGAUCUGCAAGUCGAAGUCCCUUUUUCCAACACAUUCUCCCAAUCAGGUCAUCGUCAGAGAGCUCGGCGGUUCUGUGAUAUGGAGAGGAUUCCCCUAAUAAAAAGUGGA